AUGAAAAAUUCGGGAGCAUUGCUAAACACAUUCGAUCUUUCCGCCAUUCAGAAACCAACAAGUCUUGUGAAUAUCAAGGACCUCAGUUUUAUUGCAUCUUACAACUGGAGCAUUGCCGAUGAUCCGGUGAUCUUUGUGCCAGGUAUAUCGUCAUUUCAAUGGAACCCUCCAAGUCUUCCGUAUCAAGUAGCGAAGGACAAUGGCCAAGUCUUCAUUGACCAAAACAGCCACCGCAGCCCUUCAGCAUCCUUCGAUCCCUUCUUCAAAGCACUACUCACGAUGGACCCAAACUUCAACAUGAAACCCAUCGGAUUGACAACAGAUCGAAACAGUCUCCGAAAGCUACUGCAGUUUGUUUCAGGCAAGGUUACAAAGGGCUGGCGAAUCGAUGUCGAUAUCAUCGAGGAGACCAUGUUCUUCACACGCUGGGAGGAAAACCAAGUCACAAUUAUCACCGGAGCGAGGGAUUCUGGGUAUGGCCAUGGGUUUGAAAAAGCUUUCUUGAGCUUUGAUGCAGAUCUACAAGGGAGCUCCGGUCAUCACCGUAUUGUGAGAUAUAACUUGGGUGGGAUCGAAUGCCUGGUGAGAUUUGAGGUUGAUGCUUAUAUUGACGAUGGGCUUAGCAGUGAUAAGCAAGACAGGGCUGUAGACGAGCUUGGCCAAGGGCUCUCAGGUCUCCAUGUCCAGAACUCGACGGACGCUACCGAAGUCAGAGUGAUCCAGAGAGGCGGUCUAGUAAAUAACGACACGAUCGCCGAAUUAAAGUCACGUUCUAUGGCUACGCAUCUGAAGAUGCAAGAAUACAUACCGCAGCUUUGGAUCUCACAGACCCGCCACCUGUUUGUCGGCCGGCAUAAAGAAGGACUGGUGGAAAUGGAACCCAAAAGAGUAGAUAUGACGGAGCUCUUCCCGGAUUGGGAGAACAGGAACCAGCAGAAUUUGAGGACUUUGGUGGGACUUAUUUCGGAGAUUAAAAAGGUUGUGAAAAGGGCGAAGGGAGGGAAGUGUGUGUUGGUGUUGAAGAUGGAGGAGAAACCUAGGGCCCUAAGAGUGUAUCAGAGGAACGGACAGGCUCUUUUUCUUCCUAAGGGGACGAGGGGAAAAUGCUGGGGAAAUGGAAAUUAG